AACCUUUAAUACAAAAAAUCAAGGAAACGAUAAAGUGACCCCCCAUUACCCUACACCAAAAGCCAAUCAUGCUCGACAGCUCUGAGAUAUUUUUCGUUUUCUCAUUGAUUUGCGCUAUGAAGAAUUGUUGAUGCUCCGCUCCGCAUUACGCAACCACCACCACCACCACCACACCCUCUUCAUAUAUCCAACCGUUUUUCUUCUCUCUUCAAUUAAAUGUCGAACCUUUAACGGCUCUCUCUCUUCCAAACUUUGCAUACAAAAGUGUUUUUGAGAGGAGGCGAGGCAACAACACGGUUCAGUCUAGCUUGUGGGUUUUUAGAGAAAAGCCGAGAUGGAUCUCAGUUCGUUCCUGACGUCGUUAGGGACCUCGUUUGCGAUAUUUGUGAUUCUGAUGUUUCUGUUCGCGUGGCUUUCGAGAAAGCCCGGGAACGCGGUGGUGUACUAUCCGAAUCGGAUCCUCAAGGGUUUGGAUCCGUGGGAGGGCGGGUCCAAGACCCGGAACCCGUUUGCCUGGAUCAAAGAGGCUCUGACUUCCACAGAGCAGGAACUUAUAGCCAUUUCUGGGGUUGACACUGCUGUCUACUUUGUCUUCUUAAGCACUGUGUUGGGAAUACUGGUUUUGUCCAGCUUGAUACUGCUACCAAUGCUUCUGCCAGUUUCUGCCACUGACACUGGAGACACCACAACAAACACCACCACCAGCAACGGGACUUUCUCUGACCUUGACAAGUUAUCCAUAGGAAAUGUCCAGGCGAAGAGUCCAAGGCUGUGGGCGUUUCUCCUAGGUGUCUACUGGGUUUCUUUUGUUACAUAUAUCUUGUUGUGGAAGGCAUAUAAACAUGUCUCCGAUCUGAGAGCCAAUGCUUUAAUGUCUCCUGAUGUCAAGCCUGAACAAUUUGCUGUUCUUGUUAGAGACAUACCUGCUGUGCGUGAAGGUCCAAAUAGAAAGGACCAGGUCGAUUCAUAUUUCAGGGCCAUCUACCCCGAGACCUAUUACAAAUCACUGAUUGUUACAGACAAUAAAGAGGUGAACAAACUUUGGAAAGAGUUAGAAGGGUUUAGGAAGAAGCUUGAACGUGCUGAAGCAGUUUAUGCAGCAUCCAAAACAACAGGCAGUCCAGAAGGAACAAGACCCACUAACAAAACUGGCUUCCUUGGUCUUUGUGGGGCAAAGGUUGAUAGUAUAGAGUACUACACUAAGAAGAUUAAUGAAACAAUCCCAAAAUUGGAAGCUGAACAAAAAGCCACUCUCAGAGAGAAGCAGCUAAAUGCUGCUAUAGUUUUCUUCACUAGUAGGGCGGCUGCAGCUUCUGCAGCACAGAGUCUACAUGCCAAAAUGGGUGACAAAUGGACAGUCACGGAUGCUCCUGAACCUCGUCAAGUUCUUUGGCCUAAUCUCAAAAUCAAGUUUUUCCAGAGGCAAGUGCGGCAGUAUGUUGUGUAUAUCAUUGUGGCUCUGACCGUGGUGUUUUAUAUGAUCCCAAUUGCAUUCAUCUCUGCAUUCACAACUCUGGAUAAUCUGGUGAAACUUAUCCCAUUUAUCAAGCCAGUUGUGCAUCAAUCUGCGCUCAAGACAGUGCUGGAGGCAUUUCUUCCUCAGCUUGCACUUAUAAUCUUCUUAGCUUUGUUGCCGAAGCUACUUUUCGCUCUGUCUAAAGCCGAGGGAAUUCCUUCUCAGAGCCAUGCAGUACGGUCUGCCUCUGGAAAAUAUUUCUAUUUCACUGUGUUCAAUGUUUUUCUUGGAGUUACUAUAGGUGGAACCUUGUUCAGUACAUUCAAGGAAAUCGAGAAGAAUCCCAAUCUCAAUAAAAUUAUUACCUUACUGGCAACUAGCCUCCCAGGAAAUGCAACUUACUUCGUCACCUUUGUGGCUCUGAAGUUUUUUAUUGGCUAUGGUCUUGAACUAUCCCGAUUAGUUCCUCUGAUCAUUUUCCAUCUGAAAAGGAAGUAUCUUUGUAAGACUGAAGGCGAGUUGAAAGCAGCUUGGCAACCUAGUGAUCUGGGGUAUGGGACUAGAGUUCCUGGUGAUAUGCUCAUCAUAACAAUUGUUCUCUGCUACUCUGUUAUUGCUCCACUGAUCAUUCCAUUUGGUGUGCUGUACUUUGGCAUCGGAUGGCUUGUCCUUCGAAACCAGGCACUCAAAGUGUAUUGUCCAGCGUAUGAAAGUUAUGGAAGGUUCUGGCCACACAUGCAGAUCCGGAUUCUUGCAGCUCUGAUAUUGUACCAAGUUACCAUGUUUGGUUUCUUUGGGGUAAAGAAAUUUAUAUAUGCACCGUUUGUGAUCCCACUUCCUAUCCUCUCCUUGAUCUUCUGUUACACCUGUAGCAAGAAAUUCUACCGAUUUUUCAAAGACGCUGCUCUUGAAGUUGUGUCUCACGAACUGAAAGACAUUCCUAACAUGGAGCAAAUUUAUAAAUCUUACCUCCCACCAAGCCUGAGCUCUGAGAAAGUACUACUAGAUGAUGAUCAAUUCGAAGAUGCCAAGUCAAAUGUGUCCAGAACAACAUCAUUUGCCUGAUGUAUAAUUUGUGUAGUUUAGCAGUUCCACAAGAUUUGAUUUGAUUAGUGUUGUAGUAAAAUUAGCUUGGCUUUAUGAUUUGCCAGUUGUUCAUAACAUAUGAUUAGGAUUGGGUUUGCUUGUAACAUUUUGGAUGUCCUAGUGUAUUAUUAUGUAUGUGUGAUGCAAUUUCUUUU